AUGGACUGGGGCACGUUGCAGACGAUCUUGGGCGGAGUCAACAAGCACUCCACCAGCAUCGGGAAGAUCUGGCUCACUGUCAUCUUCAUCUUCCGCGUCAUGAUCCUCGUGGUGGCCGCCAAGGAGGUCUGGGGGGAUGAGCAGGCCGACUUCGUGUGCAACACGCUGCAGCCCGGGUGCAAGAACGUGUGCUACGACCACUACUUCCCCGUGUCCCACAUCCGGCUCUGGGCACUGCAGCUCAUCUUCGUGUCCACGCCAGCCCUGCUGGUGGCCAUGCACGUGGCCCACUACAGACACGAGAAGAAAAGGAAAUUCAUGAAGGGAGAGAUAAAGAGUGAGUUUAAGGACAUCGAAGAGAUCAAAAGCCAGAAGGUCCGAAUCGAAGGGUCGCUGUGGUGGACCUACACCGGCAGCAUCUUCUUCCGGGUCAUCUUCGAGGCCGCCUUCAUGUACGUCUUCUACGUCAUGUACGACGGCUUCGCCAUGCAGCGCCUGGUGAAAUGCAACGCGUGGCCUUGCCCUAACACGGUGGACUGCUUCGUGUCCAGGCCAACGGAGAAGACCGUCUUCACGGUUUUCAUGAUCGCCGUGUCUGGAAUUUGCAUCCUGCUCAAUGUCACUGAAUUGUGUUACUUGAUGAUUAGAUAUUGUUCCGGAAAGUCCAAAAAGCCAGUGUAA